AUGAAGAUCACGCAAAGGCAAGAUGCUCGUGUAACAAUGGGGCAUUUCCGAAUUUGCUGUCACGACAUCAGCUUAGCAGGAAAGCAAAGAAGAUGUGCAAGCUAUGAGGUCUUUGAAUCAAGAGUUCAAACUCUGAGAGAAAUCAUAGAGGCUCUAAAAGAUAUUAAUACUAGGAUGAUUGGGAUCUACGGCAUGGGUGGCAUUGGCAAAACUAUGCUUGCGAAAGAAGUUGCCGGAAUAGCCAAGGAAGAAAAGUUGUUUGAUAAAGUAGCCUUUACAAUUGUAUCCCAAACUCCGGAUGUCUAUAGCAUUCAACAAGAAAUCGCAGAGCAGGUGGGUCUAGAAAAAUUCCAUGAGAUCAAAAGCCAAAUUGUGAGAGCGGAAAGGUUGCGGCAUAGAUUAAGUCAAGAAAAGAAUAUCCUUGUUAUUCUAGAUGAUGUUUGGAAAGAACUUAAUUUGUCAGCUGUGGGAAUUGAUUUUGAUGAUGAUCAAAAGGGCUGCAGGAUAUUAUUGACCUCCAGAUCCCUGAAUGUUCUACAAGAUCAUAUGGGUGCUGAUAGGAAUAUGGAAAUUAAAGUGCUGUGGAAUAUAGAAGCGAUGGAUUUGUUCAAGAAGAAUGCAGGCAUAUCUAAUGAGAAUGUUAAGUUCCAACCUUUGGUGAGAGACAUCGUCAAGGAAUGCGCAGGUUUGCCAAUUGCCAUAACAACAGUUGCACAUGCAUUAAAGAAUAAAAGCUUGUCAAUUUGGGAAGACGCUUUGCUACAAUUGAAAAGGAGUAUCGCAACAAACAUAGAGGGAAUAGAUCAAAAAGUAUAUGCGAGCAUAAAGUUGAGUUAUGAUUUUUUAGAAGGUGACGACGAAGCAAAGUCAUUGUUGUUGCUCUGUAGCUUACAUGGAGAAGAUGCCAUCAUAAAGGUUGAGGAUUUAAUGAUAUAUGGUGUGGGUUGGGGCUUGUUUCGUGAAGUCUAUACGGUAGAGGAGGCAAGAAAUCGGGUGGACUCAAUAGUUAAUAAACUAAAAUUGCGUUGUUUAUUGUUAGAUGGUGGUUUUGAUGGCACAGCUGUGAAAGUGCAUGAUAUUAUUCGUGAUGUUAUGUUGUCAAUUGCAUCCGAAGAUAGACAAAUGCACAAUAUUGCAAAUAUUCAGAAGUUUGAUCAAGAAAUUUCUCCCAAGAAAAGACUCACAGAUUCAAUUGCAAUUUCCUUAUUUGUUGGCCAAGAUGAUAACAAGCUCCCAGAAAAACUAGAUUGCCCUCAGCUUGAGCUAUUUCUUGUGUUCGGCGAGAGUCGAAAUCAUUUACAAAUUCCUGAGCAAUAUUUUGAAGAGAAAAAAGAGCUCAAAGUGCUACGCUUGAAUAAAGUACAUGCAGGAUUGCUUCCUACGUCUUUCAGUCUACUUCAAAACCUUCAAGCGUUGUCCCUGUAUCGGUGUAUGGGAAAGGUUACUUUAAUUGGGGAGCUAAAAAAUUUAAAGAUGCUUGACCUUUCCUUCUCCAAAAUUGAAGAACUGCCUAAACAUAUAGGGCAAUUAACUCAUCUACAAAUGCUAACUUUGAAUUAUUGUGAGCGCCUAGAGGUGAUCCAACCUGGUGUCAUCUCAAGUUUACUAAGGUUGGAGGAGUUGCAUAUGAAAGGAGUCCCUCUAAAAUGGGAGGCUGAAGGAGUCCAUGGAGAACGAAGUAAUGCCAGUCUUGUUGAGUUGAAAACUUUGCCACUUCUGUCCACUGUAUGUUUAAGUAUAGCAGACAUCAAUGUUUUACCAAAAGCCUUAUUCAGCGAGAAAUUGAAGAGGUUUGAAUUAUCGAUUGGCAUGCCAUAUGAUCCGCAUAUAGUAAAAUCAGAGUUCAAGAACCACAAUAGUUUGCAUCUUACGCUCUCUGGGCACAAUCUCACAAGUGAGUAUGGUCUUGAGGUGAUCAUUAAAAGAUCUGAAGUACUAUACCUAUAUGGCUUCGCGGGUGUUAACAAUGUUGUUUAUGAGUUAAAUGAGGAGGGCUUUCGACAAGUGAAGAGUUUUGGGUUUGGAGAUAACAAUGAUGUUCAAUAUGUUGUCAAUGCAACGGGCACUCAACCUUGUAGUGUGUUUCAGAACUUGGAACAAUUGUGUCUCGUUAGACUGAUGAAUCUAGAAAAGAUAUAUUGUGGCAAACUCACAGCACAGUCAUUCGGCAAAUUAAGAUUUAUAACAGUAGAAGGAUGUGACAGAUUGAAGAAUCUCUUCUCCUCAUCUAUCGCUAGAAAGUUUGAAGAAAUUACAGUGACUAAUUGCAAGGUGAUGAAAGAGAUAGUUGUACAUGAAAUUGAACAUGACGCCCAUAAUUCUGCAGAUAAGAUUGAGUUUCUAGAAUUGCGCUCCUUGAUUCUAAAAGAUUUACCAGAGCUUGUUGAUUUCUUUCGGUCUGAGAUGGAGACACAUGAAAUUGAACAUGACGCCCAUAAUUCUGCAGAUAAGAUUGAGUUUCUUGAAUUGCGCUCCUUGAUUCUAAAAGAUUUACCAGAGCUUGUUGAUUUCUUUCGGUCUGAGAUGGAGACAAGUUGUGUUCCCUCGCUUGGAGACCUUGGAAUUAUCCGGAAUGAAAUUCAAAGACUUGUUCUCAGACCAACUUCCAACAACUUUUCACUUGCCGAACUUAACGAAGCUGUGGGUGUUCGAAUGCAAUAA